AAAGCAUCGGCAACCAGCGAGCAGCAAUACGUCAACUGCGCUCGCUCGUUCUCCGCAGUGACACCUGAUUCCACGGUUAUUAAUUAUCACCACAGCCUGUGUUCGCCCUCCAAACAUUCACCACGCCCUUCCCCCUCGUACCGCCUCUACUUGCUCGAGACCUGGAAAGACGCCUUACUGAAUACUCUUAUUAUCAUUCAAGACUGUCGUGUUCGCCGCCGCCACCUUCCCCAGAUCAUAGACGAAACUCUAGGCUCCGCCACAGUUGGCGUAUGACGCAGCCUCAGCUGCUACACGCGCUGGAAUUAUCAGUCCAGUAGCCCAGACAAUUGCCAUUUUCUCCCUUCUCAAACACCUCCUAUGGCCGAUUCGGGGCGCAUAACAGGCGAACGGGUCUUCUGUCAUCAAUGCAAUAAUGAAUGGGAAAGAGCGCAUGGCGGCUUGAUCUGCCCAAGGUGCGAAGGCGAUUUCACAGAGAUUCUAGACCCAGAGACAGAGCCGGACGUUGGUCUUCGCCAUGGACCCUCCAUGACUCCCUCUCCGCCACCUUCGCCCCCCUUACAACCGCUGUUCGACCACAACCCUUGGGCCGAUGACCUGGACCCCGAUCCGCGCAACAACUUCACCACUUUCGAAUUCACGAGCAACAAUGGGGGAGGCAGAAUAUCUUUUAGUACGAGAACGUUGCGGACUGCCGGCAUGGCACCCAUGAAUGUAAUGGACACCCUUGAUGAAGACACUGCCCACGAUUUUGAUAACAUGCUUACCGAUUUGCUGCCACCGCAGGCUCGAGGCAUGCCUCCACCCUUUGGCAAUCUACAUCCAUUCGGAGGAUUUCCUGGCGGAGCGUUUCCCAGAGAUCCGCAUGCCCCCGUGCAGCCGGGAAACCUGCAAGACUUGUUCGGGCUGAUCCUGCAAUCAAUGCAACCUCCGACCAUGACUCGUGGCGAGAUGGACGACCGUCGUGGACAAGACCUCCCACCUCAUCCGUUCGAUCUCCUGCACCAACUAUUCAACCCGGGAAACGCACAACAUGGCGACAUGGUCUUCAGCCAGGAAGCAUUUGACCGUGUCAUGUCGCAGCUUAUGGAACAGAACAACGGAAGCAAUGCACCACCACCCGCGUCGGAAGACGCCAUCCAAUCGCUGGGAAAGAAGAAAGUGGACAAGGAGAUGCUGGGCACCGAAGGAAAGGCUGAAUGUUCGAUAUGUAUGGACAAUGUGGAUUUGGGCGACGAAGUGACAGUCUUACCUUGCAACCACUGGUUUCAUGGUGACUGCGUGACAGCCUGGCUGAAGGAACACGAUACAUGUCCGCAUUGUCGAAACCCUAUCACGAACUCCGAUCAACGACAGCAGCCAGGAUCUUCACGGCGGAGACCAAGUCGACGAGCGUCAUCCGUUUCGAGUCCACGCGGUUUCGGCCCGGAAGGGAGUCGUUAUAAUCCAGUCUCGAUCCCGGAAAGCCCCAGUGACUUACGAGAAGCACGGCAGUCUUACUAUGGGAGGAGAAGAGAUGCAGAUACAGAACGUCCCGUGCCCAUUCGACAAUCAAGCGGUCAAUCUGGACCCCGACGACAUAGUACGAGAACUGGCAGUGGAGGUAGUGGGGAUAGUAGGAAUCAUCACACUAGUGGCGGCGGAGUUACUGGAUGGAUCAGAGAUCAUUUGCCGUUCUCAUGAUGGCGAAGGCCUUCGAUGAACAUUCAGAGCCUGUACGGCUUCGAAUAUCAUGGCGCAUGACGGCCAGAGAUCUGUCGUUGAUUGCAACGCAACGCGCCUUUGCCGCCACAAUUCGGGCGGGCGGGCACCCCCAAGCCUUCUCUCUCAGGGCACAGGUGUGCUGGCUGAUGAAAUUCCAGCCGACUCCUAGUCCCUCUCCGCGGCCUCCGGAGCUUUUGACUCGGGACAUCAAGGUACUUCAGGCCGAUAUGGUGAGGUGGAACGCUUUGUUUACAUACUAGAGGAAGUCCAAACUACGAGCGGAUAGAUUGGCGAUUCGGGAUAGCGUUGAUGGCGUCGAGGAUCAUAGAACCAGGAUCACAUGACUGGGAGAUGCCGAAUCCGAGUUCUUUCACAUGCAAAUGCCAUCCACCUGAUCAUCAUCAUCGCCC